AUGCGCGGCGCGAUGGACGGCGCGAUGCACGGCGCGAUGGACGGCACCAAUCAGACUGAUUUGGAGCCGCGCGGGUCAUGCGGGCGUCGAUUCGAGAAUCUUGCGAGAGUCCUCCGUCCCAUCCCUCUCCGCCGCCUCCCCCUCUCGCUAACUCACGGCCUAUCCCUGCCAGCAACGCCACUCACACCAGCAGUAUCAUCACCAGCAACGGCCGCAGCGGCUCUAGAUCUCGCCCUGUCUCUUAAUAAUGAUGACGUCAUAACGAUGACGGAGCGGAGCGGGGACAGUCCACGUGGGGCGGCCAAUCCGCUGGUGGCUGUCAGAGACAAUGGCGCGUGGACCAAGUGGGGCGUGACUCAGCAUGACGUGUUUCGGUGCGACGCUGACGUGGCUGGCGAUGGUGCUGACAGAGGCUGCGCGGUGCUGAUGCCGCCGCUGAGAUUGACUGGCGAAUCAGAGGAAGGCGAAGGGCGGCACGAGAUCGCUGAACGGCCGCAACUGACGCUUGCCCUUUUGGGAGAAGGAGACAGCGGACUGCGAUGUGAUUGGUCCAAGAGGAGACGGCUGGAGGCGCUGACGUGUCAUCAGGAGCCUCUUAACGAGUCCCUUAGUGGGGAGCCUUCCGGGCCGCAUCAUUUCAAGUCGACUUCAGUGGUCAGCGAGAGCGGCUCGAGCCGCUCACCCGACUCGCCACGCGAACCGCUUGUCCUAUUCGGAAAACCGUUAAAUGCAACGGACGACCGGGGCCAUGCAACGGGUGCCACAGCAACCGACGCCGCUGCUUUUCCUGCUUUUGCUGGCGUUACAACCCCGUCCACUCCUGCUUCUGCCGGCUGCACUCGGUCGUGCGGGCCUGACGUGGCUGCAGACGUGUGCGACGCUGAGGUGGCAGCUGACGUGUCAGCAAGGGAGAGCGAGCCGGAUGCGACAGCUGCCGCUGUUCUCGGUUCCCCAUCAGCGCCUGAAUUAACGGUUGGAGCAGCAGCAGCAGCCGCCGAGGAGAAUCACGCCGUUGAUCGUCGAACCAGCUCGAAUCCGCGCGUCGGCAGCGCCCCCGGCGGCGGCGCAGUGCGCGGGAUCGGAAAGCUAGGGCGGCGCUUCCGCGGGAUCCGCCAGCGCCUGUGGGGGCGGUGGGCGGCGGAGGUGCGCGACCCGUUCGCGCGGCGCCGCCUGUGGCUGGGGAGUUUCGACUCCGCGGAGGAGGCCGCGAGGGCGUACGACGUCGCGACGCGGCGAUUAAGAGGUCCGUGGGCUAAGACUAACUUUCCGCUGGACCCGCGCGAUCCGGAGGAUAAGGAGCAGCUUGCGCGGAUGGCGGUGGCGGUGGCGGCGUGCGCCAAGGGGCGGUACCGCACGAAGCUGGCGGCGUGGCGGAAGCUGUGCGGGCCGGUAGAGGUGGCGGGGGUGGUGGUGACGGGCGGAGACGCGGAAGAGCGCGCCGAGGUCGGGGGGGACGCGGAGGGGGAGUUGGAGGGGGGAGCGGAAGACGGGGGUGCGGAAGAGGAGAAAGCGGAAGACGGGGGAGCGGAAGAGGAGAGAGCGGAAGAAGGGGGAAUGGCGGAGAAAGAAGCGGAGGAGGAGGAGGAGGCUGUGGGUGGCGCGGUGGUGGCGGAGGGGGGAGAGGCGGAAGGGGAGGGGAAAGGGAAGGAGGGGGAGAACGAGAACAAGCAGGGGGAAGAGGAGGAGGAAAGAAAAGAGGACAUUGUUGGUGGUGAUGAGGCCGCAGGAGCACCAGCAGCUGUAGCUUCUGCAGCAGCCUCAGCUGCAACCAGCCUUGACACUUCAUCCACUGUUCUGAACUCAUUUCCCUCAAUACAGUCACAUCUCAGCACAUCCUCUGUACAGUCCCAGCUCUUUAGAGGCGUGCGUCAACGACCUUCAGGAAAGUGGGCUGCGGAGGCUCGGGACCCGACCACGAAGCGCCGGCUGUGGCUCGGGAGCUUUGACACGGCUGAAGAGGCGGCCCGAGCCUAUGAUGCUGCAGCAAGGAAAAUGAGAGGUUCAGGUGCCAGGUGCAAUUUCCCUACCAAGGAAUAA